CUGUAUCCACCCAGCUCCUUAGGAUCUUAGAACCCCAAGAUAAUACAGACCAUCAAAUAGGACAAAAGGAGGUUUUUGAUACAAGGAAAUAGUUUUUGGCCAGUCGGGCCACUGGCCCUGCUUGUUUACUAGAGCUAUGGCCACUAACUUAGGUUUGGAUGAUGCUUUUUAUGUGGAGGAAUUAUUGAUUAAUAGUCACUUUCCAGUGACAGAAUGGUAUGAACUGGGAAAGAAACUUGGACUGAGCAAGAAUACGCUGGGCAUCAUUGAAAGUAAUUAUCGCCAUGAUGCAUCUCGCUGUCUGACUGAAUGUCUUGCCAAGUGGUUAAGUAGAGCUGAUAAUGUUGACAGUAAAGGAGGAGCCACCAUUGAUUCGUUAAUAAAUGCACUUGAGUCUAUGGGACAUACUGCUGUAGCCGAUAAAAUGAAAAUUCACAUUAUUAUAAAAAACCAUCUCCCUUCCCUCUCACAAUCUCUUUGUGAUCUUUCAACUACUGUGUAUUGGUUAUAUGAGGAGCAUGUGCUAACAAGAGAAGUGGUCACUGUGGUGGAGUCUGCUAGUCCCUCUGUUCCUAAUCAACGUGAGGCUCUAUUAACUGCUGUCAAAGAAGCUGUUCAAAAUUCCAAGAAUUUACAGACAUUUGCUAGAGUGCUAUCUAAUUCUACUAAUUCUACUAAUGUGCAACUAGGAUUAGCUAUACAAAAAGAUAUUAAUAAAUAUUUUCCUCCUCUUAAAGUGGGUAUUGAGCCACAAGAUAAUGAAAAUAUGGAUGAAACAAAGUCACCAUUACCUAUUCAAGUACAGUCUACACCGUCACUAUUGGAUUCUGCUGGAGAUACAAAAAUUGAUAGUAAUUCCCAACCUUUAUCACCUCGAUUUGAAGUACGCGUGCCUGUUCCUCAAAAAUUGGAAAAACAGUUUAAUUCAAUAAGAAGAUCCCAUGGAAUGAUGUUUUUAAAUAUCCGUGAACUUAUUCAGAAAAAAUCUCUUUCACUAGAAAGCAUACAAAAAAUACUGUCUUUUUGUACAAGCAAUAAUACUACCCUUCAAAAGAUAGCCAAGUGUUCAAAUGUUUCUAGUGUCAUAGAAGUUCUUCGAGAUGAGUGCUCACUGACUGAUAUUGGGCUCUUGGAGUGUGUAGUAGAAGAGUUAAAUAUUACUGAAGCUGAGGAAUAUAUUGAGAAAUACAUGACUAAAUUGGGAGAAUUUUGCAAGUCAAUUGAAAUUGAUCUUUGUCUUAAGGAAAGAUUUGAUUCCAUUCCUCAUCUUCAAUGGGAAACAGUUACUCUUGUAUUUGAUUGGGAGCCUGAGAAACAUAUGUUGAAAGAUAUUAGAGUUAUACUAUCAGAAGUGUCUGGUAAACUACUGGUCAUUAAGAGACAAGAUGUUAGACAAAAGGAACUGCACAAAAAGAAACAAGGACUUCAAGAUACAGAGAUUAUUUCUUUCUUUAUACUUGAAGAGACUAAAGGUAGACUAAGAGAUGCUAUUAGUUGCAAAGAGAAGAAAGCAUUCGAGCUAAAGCAGAAGAUAUCUGAGGUUUUGAGACAUCGUCGAAAUGAGCAACUUGCUGGAGAUGGAAGAUGCCCUUUCCGUGUGAAAAUCCCAGGUUUAGGAUGCAUAUACUGGCUGUUUGAUCUUCCAGACGAUAGCUCUCCUAUCAUCAAACAAUACACCAAAAACCUUCUACAGGCUUGUGACCUGGCUCUGGCAGACUCUGCCUGCAUCAAAUCAAUUAUCAAUCGCUCAGUUUCCGUGAUACAAACCUGCAGCAAGAGAGAUGCCAUUUGUUUAGGCAGCCAAUGCAACCGACUAACCAAAUAUAUUGAGGCAACGGAUAUAUACCUUUUCUUCUUUAAAGAUAUUGCAAUGUGGAUAGCAAAGAAGCUCCAGUACACCAUGGAGUGUUUGUAUGACUGUCGACCUCCGAGAGAAACUGAAGCAAAACUUCUACUACAAAGCAUUGAUGGUCUAUCUGAAGUAGUGCUGAAGGCAACAGAUAUGCGGCUGCUUUUGGUUAUGAAAAUGGCUACAAUCACUCACGAAGGUUUUACCACAUUUUUACAAUUCGAAAAUACCAUACAAGAAGCGUACUCGUACUGCACUUUGGCUCAUUUUUCAAAUAAUGAUCAAAGGCUUGCUGAACCAGAUGAUGCUGAAACACUAGCUAUACUAAAUGAUGCCACUCACAGCCUUUUUGUCCUAUGGGAGGAAAUAGCCAAAUGGUUAAGGACUAUAGUGAGCUUGACUGGUGACAUAAAGCAAAACACGCCACAAGUGCAAGAUAAGAAUUUUGACGAAUUCAAAGUAAAAGUUAUUACUAUCAGUGCAAGCUGGAUAGCACUUAGCAAAAUGUGCUUUAAAUAUAUCAAUCACAUAAAGCCACAAGAAUUUCAAAACAGUAUUGAAGCCACUUUUCCAUUGCAGUCUAUCGAUGAUGUCAUUUCUAACCUUAGCACGCUUUUCGAUGACAUUGAAGCUCACUUACUGAGCUAUAGUGAUCGUGACCUUCAACUUGAAGACAGCAUCAAAGUAUAUGGGAGUUGGGUCCAACCAAAGAUGGACACUACAGUUUAUCAAUGCUCUGACCUAGCUAGAGAAGCUAAAGAAUUAUUGUUGUCCUUUGAUUUUGUGAAAGCUUCCAAGAAAUUAGUUGAAAUUGAGCAACAGAGCAAGCAUAUAGCCAUUAUGGUCAAGAUCUAUCUAAAACGUCUCCACGUUAUUGAGGCAUAUGCUGAAUGCCAGCAAGAAAACAUAAUGAAGAAACGACACAAGCUGGAGUCAGAGGUGAAGGACAAAGAAGAAAAACAGAAUGAGUUAGAAAUGGAUUUAGCCAAGGCCAACCAGCAGCACAAUCAUUAUGAAACCAGAAAGAAAGAAUUGCAAAACAAGAAAAAGGAAGUCGAAAAGCAGAAAAAAGAUUGCAAGUCUAGUCUACAAAAACUAAGUAAAACAAGUCUAAAAUAUCUUUACACAAAGUCGAUUAUAAUAGAUUUAGAAAAACGAGUGCAAGUCAGCAAAAACAAUAUUAAGUUGAACGAAUUCAGCCGCAAGAAGUCCCGAGGCUAUAUCAAGAACAAAGAAUCCCAAAUACAACGAUUGAGGAAAGGAAUCAAAAUAUUGUCACAGGAACUUGAGAAAUUGAGGCAGAAAAGCAAUUAUGGUAUAGAGCGUCUACAAGAGAUGAAGAAAGCAACGGCUGACUUAAAGAAGUCCACCUUUUUAUGGAAUGCUUUUUCAGUGAAUGUUGAACGUGGUGAAACAAGGUCAGUAAAAGCUUUAUGGCUAGUUCAAACAGCAAACAAAAGCAAAAACAAGGAAAGGGUUCUUGGAAGCAAAGGAAUGCAGACGGCUUUGAAGAGUUUUACUGAUGCCUUUACAACAGUAGAGCAUCUGUUUACAAAGCAGUGGCAGUGUGUGAUAGUUUAUGACUACACUUGCGACAUGUGUGAAUCUCCAAAGAAUGGCCUCCCUCUUCCAGUUGACGAAAACACUGUUGUCUGCUGUGACUGUGCUCAAAAGUUUGUAGAAUAAUGUACUGCUAUUAACUUUUAGUUAGUAUGCAAAAUAAAUUGCUGUGUGAUGUAAUUAUUAG